UUGUGGCCAACGCACCUGCGCGCGGAUCGUGGAUCAUUGAUCGGGAAAAGUGAACUGCAUCGCAUCGUAUGUAGCUCUCCCUCUCGCUCUGCCUAUCUGCAUCUUGUGAAAUCAAAUUUAAAAAGUGCUUUACAUUUACAAAAAAUCACAAAUCAAUUUGAAAAUAAAAAACAAACAGAACCCAGUUCAAGUGCCUCUUAAAAAAUAAAGAUUUCCACGUAAAAAACAAUGCCAGGCAUUUUUUCAAUGCUUAAAAACUAAACAACAAAAAAAAAAGCAACCAAAACUUGUUCAAAAAACACAAAAAAAAAACUACUUUGGAUACUUGUCAGCUCAGCUCUCAGGCUUACAGAGCCCGCAGGCUUUCUUCGGUUUAAGCCACAGUUCUAACGGCAUGUGAGAGGAGCCCCACACGAUGCCCACGGAAAGCUCAUCCAGCGAGAUCUCCGGCGGAGGAGGCGGCGGAGCCAUUCCCAUGCUGCGUCCCUCCCGCAUGGAUCAGUUCAUGUCCUCGGUGGCAGCGGCAGCCGCUGCCGUCGGUGGAGCGGCCGCCGCCUCGGUGGAGCGGAACGGACCGGGCGGAGGUGGAUCCUCUGAUGGUGGCUCCCAGAAUGGUGGCGAUUCCAGGAACUCCUCGGCCAGCCGGAUGUCCGCCUACGAGACACAGCUGGCGUAUCAGCAGCAUCUGGCGGGACUCCAUGGAGGACCACCGGGGCCACCACCACCGCAUCACAGAGAGAUCUCCGCCUUUGUUCCGGUCCUGCCCACCGGAAAAGUGAGGCCCGGCAGUAAUUCCAACUACGAAAUCAUCGCCAUGAUGGCGGACAAGCGCAAGGAGCUGGCCCUCCGGGAAGCAGCGGCUGCGGCUGCCAUGCUGGGACGUGGUCCUGGGGGUGGCCCACCCGGAGUACCGCCACCGGGAGUAUUGUACGCCCCGCCAGGUGUCCCACCGCCGCCAUAUCUCACCGGACCGGGACCCUCGCCCACGGGAGCCGGAAGCUUUCCCUUUCCGCCCGGAGCUGCUGCAGCGGCGGCAGCGGCUGCUGGUCUCUUUCCGCCCGGCUUGGGACCUGGUAUGCACGCCGGCCUGGACAGGCGGUUGCUGCGAGCACCGGGACGGGCUUCAAGGCCCAAAAAGCAGUUCAUCUGCAAAUUCUGCAACCGGCAGUUCACCAAGUCGUACAAUCUGCUCAUCCACGAAAGGACGCACACGGACGAGCGGCCCUAUUCCUGUGAUAUCUGCGGCAAGGCGUUCCGGCGACAGGAUCACCUCAGGGAUCACAGGUACAUCCACUCCAAGGAGAAACCCUUCAAAUGCACAGAGUGCGGCAAGGGCUUCUGCCAGUCGCGAACGCUGGCCGUGCACAAGAUCCUGCACAUGGAGGAGUCGCCGCACAAGUGCCCCGUCUGCAGCAGGUCCUUUAAUCAGCGCUCCAACCUGAAGACCCAUCUGCUCACCCACACGGAUCACAAGCCCUACGAGUGCUCCUCCUGCGGCAAGGUCUUCCGCCGGAAUUGCGAUCUCCGGCGCCAUGCUCUGACCCACGCCGUGGGCGAGGUCAACUCGGGCGACUAUGUGGACGUGGGCGAGGAGGAUGAGGCCAGGAACUUGAGCGGCGACGAGGAGGAUUCGUUGCUGGAGGUGGACUCGCCCCGACAGUCGCCAGUUCAUAAUUUGGGUGAUUCCUCUGGAGCUGGCGGUGAGAAAUCCGAGUCCGAGCGAAUGAGACUCAAACGAAAGGCCGGCGCCCUGGAUCAUCAUCAGGAGGAUAGUGAGGAGGAGUUCGAUGACUACGACGAGGAGGAGGAUCUGCACGAUUUGCAGGCCAGAGAGGGAGCCGGAGGAGAAGAGGAGGAGGACUUUGAUCCAGAGGAUGAAGAGCGGGCAGAAGUGGCUCUGGUGGCAGCUCGUUUCCAGGCAGGCAAGACUGCCGCUGCUGCAGCUGCUGUUGGUGAUGCCAUCUCCUCCAGCGUUGCCUCGGCAUCUUCCAGUGCCUCCGGCAAGCCGGAGCGGCAGGGCGUGACCCACUGCCACCACGAGGGCGGGGAAACCUACACGAUGAGACCGCAUGGAGAGAAGCAUCUAGAGGAGCCGCCUGCCAAUCCCAGUCUGGCGGUACCACCUUCCUUUGUGCGAUACCCGCCAGGAGCCGGACCACCUCCUCCACCUCCACUGGGAUCGCACCCAGGACACCCACACUUGCUGCCACCCAAUGGCGAUCCCUACUUGCCGAUCCUCCACGUUCGUCGCGAUUUGCACCACAAGAGCCUGAACCUCUCGAAGGCAGCUCCACCGCCACCGACUCCUCCUAGCAUCAGCAUCCAGCCCGAGACGAGUAAGCCACCCACUCAGCCCCUACACUCGCCGCACGAGGCGAUGCCCAGCUUCCUGGGUUCGAUUCCCAUGCGAAAGAGGAUCCUGCCGCCACCGCCGCCGCCUCCCACCUUGGACCUGAUGGAUCCCCAACACCAUCACCAUCACCAUCAUCCCGGCCUGGGAGGUCCUAGGACCUUCGUUGAUAGCCCGGGUAUAUAUGCCUUGAAUAUGUCGCGACAUCCACCAAGGCAGCUACUGGGAAAGCCUCCGCCGAGUACGGAAACUAGUGGAGUAACCAGCUCAGAAAAAGGAGCACCACCUGGGGCAGGAGCACCACCUGUGGCAGCCCCACCCAUAGCACCGCCAGCAGCGCCGCCCAGAAGGACAGGUUUCAGCAUCGAAGACAUCAUGAGGCGUUGACCCUAAACUAAAACUAAGAGGGAGGCCACGGAAAUCGUUGUGAUUUUGAAAUUCACUCAAAAAGUGGUCUAAAUAAAUGCACUAAAUAUUUCGUUGCAUAAUUUAGGUCACCUCUUUAAGUGAUUUCAAAUCUCCAGCGAUUUCUGCCAAACUGAAAUCUGUAAAACAUGAUCUGAAGCCGAUUUCGGGUCCUUAAAAACUUGUUCCCAUAAGGGGUAUUCAUCCCGAAACAUUUAACGUUAAUUUAGAACUACGUUUUAGUACAUUUUAGUACAAUGUCUCUAGGCAAGGCAAUAGACCUAAACUAAGUAAUAAAAAUAUAUAAAAAUAAAGCAUUCCCUAAGCUGUAAUUCUAAGCGUAAAGAAACUGAAACUCUGUUGUUGCAUUUUAUAGAGCCCCUAAAAAUAUAUAUAUAUAUCAUAUAUAUAAGUUAGGUUUUAAGAAACUUAGCUUAAAUCUAACCACUUAAAUGCUUAAGUACGAGAGUCUAUCGCUUAGUUUUUUAGUUAUUUUCUCGUGUAUGUCAGUGUGUGUGUGUGCCUGGCCCCAACAACACUAAGUGUUGCUGUUUUUUCGAGUGGAUGCCAACUUUUAAUUUAUGUUUCCUUAUCCCGUAAGCUAAUCUUAAUUAAGAAAAACAAAAGACGCGAAAAUCGUAAAUCGAUUUUGUUUGUAGGGGAAAAAAAUGGUUGAAAGUAAAAGUAAAAAACAAAAUCAAAAAUUGAAACUAAGCAACAUUCCAGUUGAACCUUAUGUAAUUUAGGCUUAGUUUAGUUUUUAAGACUUUUUCGUAGUGCUUAAGUGAGUUGUGUAAGUAAGCAUUCCAUUCCAUGGUCUUCCUUGAAUUUUAAAUGAUUUUUUAUUCAAUCCAUAUAGCGAGUUAGUUUUAUUACAAAUAAAGAUUGCAUUAAUAUGGAAAA